AUGAGCCCGGUCCGAAUCGAAUUCGGCGUCCAUUUGCGAGGCGCGGCCAAUCCCUUGGGUUCCGAAUCUUGUGUUGGCGAACUGGUAAAAUGUAAGCUGUCUAUAUGGGCACGCCGCACGGAUCCCGAGCAUGAGCGCCGAAGGAAGUGUCGAGCUCUGAUAUCCCACCAACCUUCAACCUCAAUUUAUUCCUCCACUAUCCCCCUUCUUCAAUUCUUCAAUGGAAUGGCUUUCUGGCCGAGAGAUGAACGACCAGAGAAAAAAGCCUCCUCUAAGCGCCAUGGAGUGACUGAAGAACAGAAUCGGCACUACCCUUACUUAGAGCCAGGACUAAUUGGUGCAGCGCAGCUAUCAGAAGACAGUAGACGUUGUUUAGAGUGGAAGUUCCUCGCUGAACCUUCUUCAAGCGAAGGAGGCAGCCGCGAUGACCAUUUGAAGUUUGGAAAGCGUGUCGAGGUCUUCCCUCCUAUCCGUCCAGCUCCCCUGGAACCCCUUCGCACAACAAUUAAGCAAAAGGCAGAACAAGGAGCUAACUUUUUGCGCACCUUUUUCCCAGACCUCGACAUAACAUCUGAACUCAUUCGUGAGCAAGUUGUGGAAGAUACGAUGCGUUCUCGUGAUCUUGAAAAGUUCGAUCCUUACUUGGGAAAUCUUCUGGAGUUAUAUGAAAGCCAUGGAGCGACUGGCAACUCGUUCUUCAUAUUUCCGACUGGCGAAACGGGCCGUGACCUCACCUCUUGUUCAAUGCGGUCUGAUGGCUCUCAGAUCGCAUUCAAACCUUCCGCUACCCCGUCGCAUUCGUUUUCCACGCCAAUACAACAAUUAAUUAUAUCCCCACCUGGGGUCAAUUAUUCAGACGGUGGUUGCGUUUGUGUUCGUACAUAUGGAUCUAUUCAACUGCUUGGAAUGAAGGAGUACAUCGCUGGGAGAUUGGAUGUCAAAGAACUUGCCACUCUUUCUUAUGCAGACCUGCACCACGAACCCAUAGUCGACAUGAAGCAUCUUGGAUCGUCGUCCGGAAUAUUGGUAGCGGGGAGCAAGGGCUCCGUAUUUCAAUAUGAUACCACGGGUCAGGCGACGACCUCUACACCGAUUUGCGACAGUCAAAUGCUUUCAAAUUACGAAUCAGACUUGUGGCGCCUUGCUCUCGACGUGCAUCCUUGCCAAUUUUUUUUACUGUCCCAUAAAGGAGUCAGACAGUUAGAUAGUCGGACGCGAACCGCAACCAAUCGCUUUAGUAUAUCCUCCUCCACGGAUGUGCUAACUUCGAUAGAGGAUACUGGUCAGGACUAUCUCAUUCGGCUAUGCUCUACAAAACAGAUUAUCUGGCUGGAUCCAAGAUACCUAAGAAAGCCUUUGCUCGUGUACGCUCAUGGGAGAGAGUAUGACCAGUGCCUUGCGACGACUUCCCUUACGUUUCCGGAGGGCCACACCCUUACCUUUUUGACUUCACGGAGGUCUUCCAUGGUGACCUUAUACGACGUUUCUUCGUCUCGAGAAGGAUUUCUUCAGUUCGGAAGCGGACCCUACAUGCCAUCCCCACACUUUGGCUUGUAUGACAAACGAAUUGGGCAAAAAAUCUUCUUCCGCGACGAUGGUGGCGGCAUUGUGCGUUUAUCUGAGAGGGGAGGUGUCACCUACGACGAACUCUUGCACUCGUCAUCGUUAGAGAAGGAGUUCGAUGUCGAGAUGUCGCUCAGCGUGAAAGAAUUAUCGAAGAAGAAUGCAAAACUACAACCUGAUAUGGGCCCUUUGGAUCGCCAAGAUUUUAGUCAAGUUGAUAUGGGGUCCGUGUAUGAACGUCUUUUUCGCAGCUAUUUCGAUGACAAGAAAGCAUUUGAAGACCGAUCUGCAAAGUCAUUUCAUCAAAUGAUCGAGCACUUUCCGUUGUAUCUGCAAACGAGGGAAAUACCAAUCGAGUAUAUGUUAACAACCUCUGACAUCACGUUGUGUGCUGGCGAUGAGCCCUAUAUAUACAGCCGAACCGACUUUCUGACGGAAAAUAAUGUUAACUCAACCAGGGGCUUCAAUGCAUUGAAAGAAGGCCGUUUCGCUGCUCAGAUGGUGAAAGCGCCGUGGCAACUUUCUUUAACUCCAACAAUCCAGCGGCUUGACAGGGAUUUUCAUUCGGAUACUGACGAGUUGACUGAACACCUAGAGGCCUUUAACUUGUCCGAAAGCGAAGGUACACCUACCAGGGAUCGUGAAAUUAAUGCUUGCCGCCAGUUAGCGCUCGAUCUCACCCUCUCUUCGGACGUCUACUCUGAAGCAUGGUUUACUAAACCACAUGGGGUCGAACAGACUCUCGAAAACAUGACCGAAGCGUUGUCGCUGGGGGAUGAACCGCCUCCUGUCGAAUUUGGAUUCCUGAAGCCUAUGGAAAGACGUUCGCAUUACAAUCCCUACAAGAUGAACGAUGUCGACCCACAGAAGAUGACUGAACCAUCCUUGAACCUGCCCAUGGGUGUCAGACUUCUUCUACAAAUCUGGGACGCCGGCGAUCCAGACGAGUUUGUGUACAGAGAUCCAUACGACGAAUCUGCGACUGUGGAUUCGCCGAAGCGCGUUGAGACAACUCCGGGGACUGAUUUUACUGCCCAUAGCAAGCGCCCUCCGCCCAUCUUGGCAUCGGUUACCCUUCCGCCGGCUGUGAUUCCCGACAUAUCCCGAAAAUUGAAAACACAAUCUCAGGAUUUGUUCACGAACUACCCUGAUUCUUUUCCUCGAAGUGAACAAUUAGGCAGCUCGCAGGAGCUCCUCAUGUCUACUCAAGUUUUACCAGGUCCUUACGGCGGGCGGCCAGCAGCGAAGAAGAAACCAACCAAAAGACAUAUUCGGUCAAGUGAUAUUCGCGUGACUUUGGGAAUGCCCGUGCCUCACCUUGUCGGGUUCCGGCGUCUCAAGAAUCUAAUUUUUCAACGUACAUCUUCCUCAAGAAUCCUCGUCUUCCGGGCUGAAAAGAAUAUCACUGCGUCGUGCAAGAGCACGAAGCUGGACUUUGGGCCAGCCCAACUACCUGCUCUAUGGAUGGAAAAUGGUAUGACGCCUAAUCCUGUGUAUGACCCAGAAAAAUACAAUGACUUCCUACGGCGCAACAAGGCUGUCGUCUGUGCACUCUCGGCCAGCUAUGUCUCUACCUUCGCUGGAUACCCCUUGGACUCCAUCAAAUCCAGGCUACAGACCACGAAGACGAAGAUCACCGUUCCUAGGCUUGCUGCUCUCGUCUACCGUGAGGAAGGAAUUAUGGGCUUCUAUCGGGGAUUAUGGAUUCCGUUGAUGACGAUCUCCUUCGUCCGUGCUGCAAGCUUCACUAUCUAUUCACGAACGAAGGAAUACUUCGCCCUACACAAUAUCCUCUACCGCGAUAGCAUUAUCGACGUCUCGCUCACAGGAGGAAUUAGCGGAGCAAUGUCAGGAGCUCUCAUUUCGUUCUGUAGUGCUCCCUUUGAGCUUGUCAAGGUCCGCCGCCAGCUAGAAUAUAGCAUUGCUGCGACCAAAGGCGUCGCUCUGGCCAAACCUCCUGGCACUUUGGAAGCGGUGAAGGAUAUCUAUCGGAACAAUGGGUUUGGAGGGCUGUAUACCGGGUUCCGUUUGCAUUUCGUCCGUGAUACCGCUGGAACCGCACUCUAUUUCCUAGAAUACGAUGGAAUGCGACAUCUUUUAGGAAGACAGCGGUCAGGAGAGCAGGGUGCAACGCCCCAUUGGCUUCCCAUUCACCCAUCCCUCGUCCCUUUUGUCUGCGGUUCAUUGUCUGGGGUAACUUCAUGGGCACUUAUUUACCCCCUCGACGUCGUCAAGACGAAAGUUCAAAACAGAGCGUUGGCUGGAGAGAGGUAUCGUGGUCCAUGGGAAACGCUAUAUCGCUUGGUGCGAGGUCCUGAUCCAAACGCCCCGAAACCGCUGCUGGCUGGCAUUGCACGUAUCUAUCGGGGUUUGGGGGUGAGUGCCCUUCGGAGCAUCACAACCCACGGUCUGCUUUGGACUCUGUUCGACCUGACUGCCCACUACAUCGACGAUUUACCCCCUUCGAAAAAGGACGAACGAUAUUAA